CCGGAUAACAAUUGAAAUUGAAUCUCAAUCCCGAUCCCAAGAAAUAAUAUGUGUAUUCGGUAGUACCAAAUAAAAACAAAUUCGGUACGGUAUUCAGUGUAUCCCAAAUACCGGUACCAAACUUCCAGCCCUACUCCCUAUAGUAGUCUUUAUUUGUUUAAUGUUUGUGAAUGAUGAUAAUCUUGUGGUACUUAUAUGUGAUGUAUAGCUAGGUGGUACUCGCUAAUUGGAUGAAGACGUUUGAUUAUUUUCAAUUUUACGUGUUGGAAUUCGAAUUAUGAAUUCACGUUUGACAAUAUAUUGUAUUAUUGUUAUUUCUUAUAAUUGUUAUUUUAUGUAGAAAUUGUAGACUUGUGGUUACCUUAUUUUGACUCCAGCAAUGAUGUUGUUCACCGCGUCUGACUCCAGCGGUUUUGCCCAAACAUGUGUAGAUUGAAAUUUUUUAUAAAACAUGUGUAUUUUCAGAAUUAUUUUUAAGACUAUGUGUACUUUGGGGGAAAAUCUCAUUUGGGGGGAGGGGGGACUCAGCCUACGGAGUCACCGUAACUUGGAGAAAACAGUCGACCUCUUCCAUCAAGUGGUCGAGCACUUUCCAAGAAAAUGGUCAACAUCUUCCACCAAGUGGUCUACCACUUGAGGUCAAACGGUCUACCACUUCCGGAAUUGGGUCGACCUAAUGACACACUUACGUUCAAGCGGUCAACCUCUUUCACCAAUUGGUCUACCACUUGAGUCAUCUGGUCUACCACUUCUAGAAAUGGGUCGACCUGAUGACACACUUACCUCCAAGUGGUCGACCACUUUCCAAAAAAAUGGUCGGCCUCUUCCACCAAGUGGUGUACCACUUGAGUCAGCCGGUUUACCGCUUAAUAAAUGGGUUGACCUGAUGAGACAAUUACCUUAAGUGGUCGACCUCUUCCACCAAGUGGUAUACCACUCGAGGCAGCUGACCUACCGCUUCUAACAAUGGGGUCGACAUGUGACACACUUACCAUCAACUUACAACUGCUUGUUGGAGGAGGUAGACCGCUUCCACCAAAAUAACCUACCAAUUCCGCAAAAUGGUUUACAUAUCUCUUUCGGCAAAUGAUCCCUGCUUUCGGCGACCAGUAGACCAGAUAACACAGUUAUUUUAUACUUACAUUAGGAAAAUAAUGGACAAUAGGAGACCUAAAAUAUAAAAUUGUUUUUGUAGUAACGCAACAUAAGAAAUAAAUAUGCAUAACAUUUUUCAAUUCUACGAGAGAACAUUCACUCGAGAAACUUGUCAUAUAUGCUUGCAGACUUUGUACUAAUUUUAAAUCUCUUACUAGAAAGAAUAUCUAUUGUUAUUGGACUCUAAUUAUAUAUGAUGAUAUCACUAGGAAUGGUUCAUCAGGUGGAUCAAUUAUUGAAAGAGGUGGACCGCUUGAAGAAAGAGGUAGAUCACUUGAUGGAAGUGGUAUACCAUUUUUUUUUUGUAUAGUGCCUUUUAGUGAAAGAGGUAGAUCACUUGAUGACAAUCUGAGACGAAGAGGCUGGAAUAUAGUGAGUCGUUGCACGCUGUGUGAGGCUGAGGUGGAAACGAUUAACCAUCUAUUCAGAGAAUGCAAUUUCAGCAACAAAAUUUGGUGCACUUUUCUCCAGAUUCUGAGGGUGUGCGGACCUCAGUUUGAAGAGAUGCAGAUGUUGAUCCGGAGUUGGCCUACUGGUGAUCCUUCAUCUUGGCUUGAUUGGUUUACUCAUCUCUUCCUGCAUGCCUUUACGUGGGAGGUGUGGAAAGAGAGAAAUGGCAGGUCGUUCAAUGACACAAAGCAUACAUGGCAGACCAUUUUUGUCAAGAUUGGCAGGAAUCUUCUAAGAUGGAUCUCGGCAACGGGUUUGAUUAGUGAGCACAACAGCAAGGAAUGGUUAAGGCUCCUGUUCCAGGCUUGUCCUUCCGAGCAGGAAUCCAAGAAUGAAGUCUUUAGUUGAUUUGCAGACUCUGGGGUUUGUUUGUUUGAGGCCUACUGUGUUUGUGUUCGUCUGGUUCUUUUGUUCGGUAACUGAAAGGGAUUUCUUUUCCUGUGACCAGCGGGGGUGGCCUGUUCCAUCAAGCUGGUGUCUUGUUCUCAUUUCUUUUCUUUUUUGUUCCUGUUCCCUUGUGAUGUCUCGUUCGGGUUCAUUUCUUGUGAACACUUGAACUUUUUUUUGUUCUUUUCUCUGUUAAUAUAAUGGUCACCCUUAUAAAAAAAAAAUAUAGCAAAUGAAAAAUAGUACAUCUGUUGACCAUUUCAACAAUGAGAUUGACCAUUUUUUCCAAAUAGGUCGACCAUAUUAGUGAAGAGGUCGUCCGUUUUGUCCAAAUAGGUCGACCUCAUUAGUGAACAGGUCGACCGUUUUGUCCAAGUUACGGUGAUUUGCAAGUCACCAUAGCAAAGUCCAAUUUUUUAAUUUAUAACAUUAAACGCACUAUAUUAUGAAGUCGACAAAGAGACAAUAAUUCUUAAUAUGGUUCAAACCAUCUUAUCUUAAAACAUCCAUUAAUCCAUAAGAUAGAGUACAAUGUAAUACAAAACAUUAUUCUCUUACAUCUACUAAGUAAUAACUAACUAUAACUAACAUAAUCUUGUUAAAACGAGGGAAAAAGUGAAAGAGCGAAGGGAGAGUUGAGGAAAAUAAAUUAGGUUUUGAUUUGGGCGGACACUCAAUUGCAUGACUACUAUUUAUUUUCUCGAGUUACCCUCACUAUCAUUGAUAUGUUACAAUUUGAUCCAUGUAUUUUUUAUAUGUGAAGAAAUAUUCUUGGUGGGGGGUAUGUGUAUAGGGCGAGGGAGGCUAAAACCAUAAUGACCCGCUCUAACUAUCACAAUAAAAUCCCACCUAAGAUCCAAGUAUAAACCUUAGAUGGGUGCAAUAUAGGGCAAGUAUGUUUAAAUAUCGACCCGGGCCGGUCCAUGUACCGCUACUUCGACUGUUUGAAACAUUAUCUAGCGGAUUGGUUUUGGUGAAAACAAAGGUCUAAAACUAAAUUGCUUUGUAAAGGUAAAAUGGAUUUGACUCUAGUUGAGAAAACUUCACUCGGGUGUUGCUCCCCCAGCUAACAAUUAUGAUGUGAAGAAUCGAAUGAUCGUGUGUGGUUAGGGGGUCAUAAACUGCAGGAAAGUCUAACAAGCAGCCGAAGCUAUCCUCUUAGCCUCUAGGUUUAGGAAUGAGAUACUAUCCAAGCCACUAAUGCUGACCCUCUCAACCUAUCAACUAAGGAAUGGUUAGACUUCACCCUCGAAUUGGAGUUCGGACGGCCACCCACAACCAAACCCUAAGUGCUAAUGCGAAUUAGGAGGUUUGCCCUUUAACUAACCUAGAAUAGGAGGCAUAGAAUUCCCAAGGAAACCCAUCUCUAGUAGAGUCUCUUAAGUCAAGGAGGGUUCUCUCAAUACUAGCUUAGGAGGCAUCGAAUGCCCAAGGAAACCCAUCUCGAAAUGAGCCUCUUAGGUUAAGGAGGGUUCUCUCUAAACUAGUUUAGGAGGCGUUGAAUGCCCAAGGAAAUCGAGCCUCUUGGGUAAAGGAGGUUUCCUCUCUAAUCUAGCCUAGGAGGCAUGAAAUGCCUAAGAACCCCAUCUCAAUAUUGAGUCUCUUAACCUAAGUAGGUUUCCUCUCCAAACUAGCCUAGGAGGCGUGAAAUUCCCAAGAACACCCAAUGAAACUCCUAACCUAAGGAGGUCUCCUCUCUAAGCUAGGUUAGAAUGACAAUUGGAUUGAUAGGCUUUCACACAACACAAUCAUUUCUGAAUAAUACCUCCACAUUCAC